GUGGGUGGGCUCCGCGAUCUGGUGUAUAUUUUCAAACGAGGCUGCAUAUAACUUGAGCCUUGCGCCGCUGCUGUUUGCUGUAACCUUCAUCUUGCUCCCAUCAUGACUUCCUCGCCGGUAUCAACUGUUCUAAUGAAGACGAAAGCCGUCCUGUUUGACAUGGACGGAACCCUCAUCGACUCAUCGCCAGCGGUAACCGCAGCCUGGAACCUCCUCAAAUCAACAGGCUACGAUUUCCUUGACCUCGACGAUAUCCUCCGGUCCGCACACGGUUACCGUACCAUCGACGCCCUCCGAAAAUGGUGCAAAAUCACCGACGAGGAAAAACUUAAAUCCGAAGUCGUGAGAUUCGAAGAAGCCAUCCUCGCCAAUGCGUCGAAACCUGGCGGUGGUAUUAUCGCUCUUCCUGGGGUAAAGAAGCUCCUGGACGGCAUUCAGGGUGGGCGACCGGACGAGGAUCAAGGUUGGAGCGUUUGCACAUCUUCAACGACAUUCUACGCUUCCAAGGCGCUUCCUGCAGCUGGUCUCAGGAUUCCCAACCACUUCGUCACCGCCGAGAGCGUGAAGCAAGGAAAGCCAGCCCCGGAUCCGUAUUUGCUCGGCGCUAAACUCAACGAAACCGCGCCUUCUGAUUGUAUCGUCGUUGAAGACGCUCCAACCGGUAUCCGUUCAGGAAAAGCAGCAGGCUGCUUCGUACUUGCAACGUGCACCUCCCACACGCGUGAGAGCCUCGAAAAGGAGCAUCCACACUUUUUGGUAGAAGAUUUAAGCCACGUCCGGCCCCACCGUAACGAGGACGGCUCCAUCUCUUUACUCAUCACCCAACCUCCCGGUCGCGAUUAUCCGGACUCUGCUAUUCCCACGCCGGAAGACACGCCUCUCCAUACUCCCACUCUUUCGAGAGAGGCUUCGCAGGCUGAUAUCCAUAUGGAUAAGGGAUCCCUUCCUGACCACGCUGUGUACACCAUGGCCCGUGUUGCCGGGGAAAGUAUCAUCCAAUGAAGAAUUGUUACGCCGAGAAAUAGAUCUAGAGAUAGAACUUAGAGUGUAUUCUGAUUCCAGAUAUGCAUUGAUACGCGCCGAGCGUUGUAAUUAUAGAUACUG